ACAGAUCAGACCUGAAACUCAGCACACUUCGCUUUGAGCUCUUACUGUGGAGUAGCUGUUACUGUGGAGACGAGUUUGAUGCUACAGCGAAAAAUACUUAGUCAUUUAGAAAAUUUCUUCGUUGAGGGUUAGGAAAUUACGUAGGUUAUAUAAAAUUUAUAGCCAUUACAGUAACACACUGUGUUGUUAGGUGUUAGAAAAGCUGUUUAGCUUGUGGAGUGAUUCUUCAAAUUGUUAGGCUACUAGUUGAUUGUUAGUAUAAUCAAAGGCUUCAGAGAGCAGAUUUUUAUUGCUAAACUGCUCACUGGUCUGAUUAUGAAAAUGAAAACUGAAGAUGUUCAUCAUGUCAGCUCGCUUCCGCCUAUCCUGGACUCUUACCAGCCAGCACAGUGUCCAGAAAAGGCAGCCAGUCUAUCUGAACGUCAGAAGCAGAGGAGACAGCAAAGCCACAUGGCAGUGACUUCUGCUUAUGCUGUGGAUUCUGAUCAAGUCCUUGAGACAAAACGAAAAGCUCUUCUAGAUCAGCGCCAUCUAGAGACGUACUACAGAAUACACCGCUUGAAAGACAUGCUUUCAUAUCAGUAUGCUACAUUACUGAGGGAAAAAGUUCAAAGACAAAGGCAAGAGAUGAAGACCCAUGAUCCAGAUAAUUCCAAUCUCAGGAAAGGACUUAAAGAUCAGAAGUUUGUCACUAUUCAGAGGGUCGCCAGAUCAACCCUCAGACAUAAUGACGCAUACUUGGAGUGUCUACCUAAAACACGUCACUACCUGGUUCUGGAACUGCAGAAAAAGCUGACCCGACAAGGGUAUCUUCAGAGCCGCAGGGAGCAGGAGGUGUUCAGGGUCUGGGCAGAACAACACAGAAGCACAAGUCAACUAGAGAAGCAACUACAAGCAAUUGGCAAUGAGAACAGCAGUAAUUCCAGCUCAGAUGUGACUCUUAAGGACCUGCUAAAACAGAAGUCUGGAUCUCUACUGAAACUUCAGAUCACAUCCGAUGACUUCACAGCCACAACACGAACAUAUGCCAGUCUCACUAAGAGGGGAUGGAGGAGGGGUGAAUGCUUUCCAACUGCAGGGCAAACAGACCUGGGGACAAGACGAAACUGAGCUCAUGUUUCCUGAGAUCUUCACUCGGGAGCUCAAAGUGCCUAAAUUUUCCACUCUGAAGUCCAACUUCCUGGAAGAAGUCAGCUCCAGUUUGCUUUGUUGGAGAAGCCAUGUGCCACUGAUCAAGUCAAAGACCACUGACAUUACCUACAAAAUGAGAUUAAUGCACAACCUCUCGCUCUCUCACAUGGCUGACACCCAGAGAAUCAUGGCAAAAAAUGAAAAAUGGAGCUUGCAAUGCACAGAUGGUUUCAGCAUCAAAGAAUUGAUGAAGCAUGAAUAUUCUCACAACAUCCAAAUUCAGAAGACCAGAUGCCCUACAGAGCCUGACCCUAAUACACACCAGAGUGAUCAGGGUAAACCUGAGAGCCCAGAUUCCUUAAGUGAAAGUCCAAAUGCACAUUUCUUACCAAGUCUCCAGCCAGCUGGGAAAAGUGCAGAAAAAUCCUCAUCUAGUUGUGCUGGAGAACCUCGUUCAUCAUAUACUGAUGUGCCUCUAUGCAUAGCUGAUGUCUAUACUAGACAUGCUGUUGAGGUGGAAAAAUGUGACACGAAAAUGUGGACAAAUUAUACUUAGACCACUGGUGUUGAUCUGUCACUUUAAAACAGGUCCAGGAAAGAAAGAUAGAGUUGUCCUUUUUAAACUUUUGCAAUGUUUAAUUUACUAUGAAUUUACUUAAUAAAUAACAAAAUGAUAAUGUAGUUGUUAUAGCCUACAUGCUUUAUAGUUAAAGUUAUAGACUUACUGUCUUAACUGACAGACUUUACUGUCUUUGAAUGAAUGUUACAAUUUCAAGCCUGUCUUCAUUUUUUACUCAAUUGUAUACAUAUUUUGGUAUUCAGAUGCUUUUUAAAUAAAAAUAAUUUCAGAAGUGUUGUUGUUUCUAUGAAAUCUCAAACAUUUUUUACCGGAAGUUUUGUCGCCUAGAUGACGCUUUUCACGCUAUUUUAUGAACACCCAUUGUCCUGAAACGCGUCGAGUCGGAUGGCGUUUCCUCUGCUUUUGACACCUUUGGAGAAAGAUUCCCACGGGCUUUAAACUCAUAAACAUCUACUAUAACAUUCAUCAGCACCUAGCCAUGGACUUACACAGCCCUUGGGUGUAUAAUCAUUUGAUACAUUUUUUACAAUGCAAAUUUUCUUAACUUUUUUCAACUUAUACACGAUAAAAUAAAUAUGUAUAAUUAUGCCUUUUUGUUUAGCAUUUUCUCCCAGUGGCAUUCAGCAGAUAACAGCCUUAUACAUCUAACAUACAUUCAAAGUUUGAAUUAAAAAACUAACAAUUUUCCCCCACAAUUUUAAGCAGCAUAUGAAGACAUGUAGGGAUAGGGUAUCAUUUGACCGGCAUAGAUUUUUUUAAGUCAAGUUUUUGUGAGGAAAUCGUCGAUAUAUAGGGCCUAUCCUAUUUUAAAUGUGCCGUUGUGACUAUGAAUAUUUGUAAAUAUUUACGCAUUUCUUUACACAAGAUCUCUGAACCAAUCACUGGCCAGACCGCACACAUCAAAGCGGAGAGACCAGCCAAUCAGAGCUUUCCUGAGCAAAGCAUGGAGAGCGUUUUACCUGGGGAGUAUUUAAUUGGAUGCAUCUCUUGUAGUCUUGGGCGUAUUUUGACUGAAAAGCUCGCGCAGUUUGGAAUUUUUUAUUUAUUUAUUUUUUCUUGUUGGAGACGAUUGGAUAGCAGAAUGGCAUCUGGGGCUAGUGAUUGUCCGGAAAAGAGCAUCCAGUAUCGGGUGGAUCAUUUAUUAACUGCGGUAGAAAAUGAACUUCAAGCUGGCAGCGAGAAAGGAGAUCCAACAGAAAGAGACCUUAAAGUCAGUUUGGAUGAAAAUGAACUUUGGCAGAAGUUCAAAGAACUGACGAAUGAAAUGAUAGUGACCAAGAAUGGCAGGCGCAUGUUCCCAGUGUUAAAGGUGAAUGUGUCCGGUCUGGACCCAAACGCCAUGUACUCCUUCUUGCUGGAUUUUGUGGCAGCAGACAAUCACAGGUGGAAGUAUGUGAACGGUGAAUGGGUACCGGGUGGCAAACCUGAGCCACAAGCCCCGAGCUGCGUCUACAUCCACCCAGACUCGCCAAACUUCGGUGCGCACUGGAUGAAAACCUCAGUCUCCUUCAGUAAAGUCAAACUCACCAACAAACUGAACGGAGGUGGUCAGAUUAUGCUGAACUCGCUGCACAAGUAUGAGCCACGUAUCCACAUCGUGCGCGUUGGUGGUCCACAGAGAAUGAUCACCACUCAUUCUUUCUCUGAGACACAAUUCAUAGCAGUUACUGCCUACCAGAAUGAAGAGAUUACUGCUCUCAAAAUUAAAUACAAUCCAUUCGCCAAAGCUUUCCUGGAUGCCAAAGAAAGAAGUGAUCAUAAGGACAUAAUAGACGAUGUCAGUGAAAGUCAACAGUCUGGCUAUUCUCAAUUAAGUAGCUGGUUUCUGCCAGCCACAGGGUCUCUCUGUCCUUCUGCAAACCCUCACGCACAGUUUGGCAGCCCGCUGUCUCUAUCCUCACCCCAUGGCUGUGAACGUUACUCGACUCUGAGAAGUCACCGGUCCACACCAUACCCCAGUCCAUAUACCCACCGGACAGCCUCUCCCACUGGUUACUCUGAAAGCUCAACCUGUCUCUCCAUGUUGCCGUCUCAUGAUAACUGGUCCAGUCUGCAGAUGUCCUCCCACUCCAGUGUGCUCCCAAUGGGCCACAGCUCUCCCCCAAACUCAAACUCUAGUCAGUACACCAGCUUGUGGUCUGUAGGGAACACACCUUUGACCCCAGCAUCUCAGGCUGGAAGUAUGACCAGCAGUCUGGGCUCCCAGUUUCUCCGCGGCUCUACCAGUCACUACAGCAGCCUGGCUCACCCAGUCACAGCGCCCUCUUCUGGCUCUCCUUUAUAUGACUCCACGGCUGUGCCUGAGGUGCAUGAGGCUUCACAAUAUGACAAUUCAGCCCAUGUACGCCUUCCUACAGCCUGGACCCAAGUCACACCGUCCUCCUUAUAGGAAGUUGACCCUACAGACUAAAUUAAAGCUGUGUAUAGCUGAACUAUUGCUUUUAUGCAAUAGCUUUUGACACCAAUAUAUUAGAUCAACUGGUUUCUCUGUUUUUGCAGUGGAAGUGACUCAAGUUAGCGUGAUUUUUAUUCUUUACACACAAAACUAAUUUCAAGAUUUGUAUGCUUUACAUUCAAAACUAAAGACCUAACUGAAAUCUUUCUUUCUUCAAAACUCAAUUUGUAAACAAGUGUUUUAUAUGAUUUUGUCAUUGAGUAAUGCUAAUUCAACCAGUGAAAGCCAUGUGGGGGUUUUAAAUAUGCAAGUCAUCAUUUAAGGCAUAUUGUACAUAAGGCUUAUUUAUUUUGUCUUGUUAUGAAGGAUACUAUAUGUGCACAAUUGUGAAGAAAAACUUUUGUAAAAAGAAUAAAUGUUUAUAUUUUUGCAUUUGAAUUCAGCAUAGGUAAAAAUGUAAAUGCUCUUCAAAUUGUUAUUAAACACAUUUCUGUA